AUGUUUGCCGUCGUCAAUCGCACCACUGAGGAAACUAAGGUCAAAGCUGCCUACGUAAAGAGUAACAUGCUCGACUUUGCCGUGCUUGAGACUCUCGUACACCCUUCAGUUGACGACCCAUUUAGCGGAAUGCAAGUCAAGUGGGCAGUCAACGCCGGUCCGGCCAUGAUGCAACCAGCUGUGCGCAGUCGAGAUUUUGUCUACGUCGAGUCGACAGGAAUGACGACCAUGUCCACUGGUGAACGCGUUGGGUUCCAGUUACUACACAGUAUUUAUCUCCCUGGGGCUCCCGAACUCCACAAAUACAAGUUUGUCCGUGGCAACAUGACACUUUAUCACUUGUUUUGGCAAAAGAGCGACGGGGUGGUGGAGCUAUAUAUCAAAGCUUUCAUUGAUCUGAUGGGCGCUGUGCCUCUUUGUAUGGCGACGAUGCUGUCAACAAGUGGUGUGGUGUUGGUGUCGAAGCUAGGGGAGUACGCUUUGAUGAAAAAGCUCAACUGGCUGCUGCAUCAGCGGGGAGAGAUUGUACCGAGUGACCGCUUCAAGCUUUGCCACGUGUGCUCAAAGAUAAUAAAGAGCACCAUAAUGCGACGACGGACAUGCAAGGUAUGCAUGAGCAAGUGUUGCACACGCUGCUGCGUGUCUACAACAAUGUUCUUUGUGGCCCCGCAGAGUCAGGGUGUGGCUCAGAAGAUUGUCAACGUAUGCAAGAACUGCAUCCAGACUGCAUCAUUCAUAAAUGGUUUGGACGUUGCAAAGGAUGAGCUCUUAAACGGCAGUAAGCAGUUCAAAGCGUACGUCUACUGGUCUACAACCUCUAUGACGACGUCCACGUUGUCUCUUAGAAUGUGA